AUGAGGAGAAAACACAAGUGUAGAGCCCCCAUCCAGGAGGCAGAGGCCGCUCCGCCGCCGCCGCCGCCCCCGGCUGAAGCAGCCAAGAAGAAGGUUUCCAAACCGAAGAAGGCCGGCCCCCCAGCGUCCAGCGAGCUCAUCCCGAAAACUGUGGCCGCAUCCAAGGAGCGCAGCGGCGUGUCUGCGGCCGCCCUCAAAGAGAGCUCUGGCUGCGGAGGCUACGAUGUGGAAAAGAAGAACAAGGCCCGCGUCAAGACCGCCAUCAAGGGCCUGGUGGCCAAAGGGACUCUGGUCCAGCCCAAGGGACCGGGGCCUCCGGAUCCCUUCGAGAUGAGCAAGAAGACCCAAGAAGCCCGCAGCAGCAGCAGCAGCAGCAGCGGGAGCCAAGAAAGGCGAAACAGCAGCGGCCAAAAGCCCAAAGCAGCGACCACCGCCAAGCCCGCAGCCGCUAAGAAGUCCCCGAAGAAGGCCAAGAAACCCGCGGCGGCAGUUUAA